CUCUUCCAGAUCCAACGGCUGUCCCAAUAUGAAGAGUACUUCGACGAUCUCGUAAAGGAAGCUCAUAGAGAAAGACUCCGUGAAGAUGAGGACAUUGAAGCAGCCCUUAUUAGGGCUAAACAAGCUGUGAAACGUGCCAAGGAAGAAAGUGAUUUAGAGAGGAUACAAGAUCUGUUCCCGAAUGAUUCUCUCAAGUUGUACGAAAAAGAUGUACUAACCAUGAGGAUGAAAGGGCUGAUGCGAAAGCGGCCAAGUCCGGCCGCAAGACUUACUCGAGCACUGUCGGCGAAGAGCCUGAGACCGGAGUCGCCUCCAAGGCCGGCUCCUCAACAGGCGCACCGCCACUUCAUCAUGGAGUCCCCGGUACAGUUCACCGCGGGAGUGCAGAGCCAAGACAGGCACCUGUUUCUCUUCAACGACCUCCUCUUGAUCGCCAAGGCCCGCUCCGGAGGCAACUUCAAGCUGAAGGAGAAGGUCCGAGUAUCGGAGAUCUGGCUGUCCCAGAACGGGAUGGAAGAGCUCUGCGAAGUCCUCAAGUCGAGGGACACUUCCUUCCUCAUAGGAUGGCCCACCACCAACGUCGUUGCCACCUUCAGUACCCAGGCAGCCAGGGACCUCUGGUUGUCCAAGCUCAGCGAGGUUGUCAAUGUCGAGAAGGCCAAAGAGCCAGCCAACACCAAUAUUCAGGUCACCUUCUAUGACCAGGCCACGAACAUAGAAUACUGUAAGACACUAUCAGUGUCACCUGAGGAAACCGCGCGAGGUGCUGUUUGCGCAGCAGUUGCAGCACUUGACCUGCCGCGUCAUGGUAACUACCAGCUGUGGGCGCAGUCCGCGAGGGAAGAGGCUCCAUACCCGCUGAUAGGACAUGAGCGGCCAGCAGCCAUCAAGCUUUCCUGCCUCAGGGAUGCCCUCUCUGCUGAAGAGGGUUUUGACCUUGAUCAUUGCAACAAUGUUCAUGAUCCUCUUGCCCGGUGCACCUUUAUCCUCAGGAAUGCCUGUAAAAGUCCUGAUCCAGGUGAAAAGAAGAGCCCGAAGAAGAUGUCCAAUCGAAUGAGGAUAGGGCAAGUCUUUAGGCGGAGCCUUUCUAAAGAAAGUCCAGGAUGUCUUUUUGGUUUACCUUUAUCGAGGAUAUGUCAGGGAGAUUCUCUACCACCUCCUGUAGUUGCUAUGCUACAUCAGGUUGCAACUAAAGGUCCAUUUACUGUUGGAAUGUUCCGGAAAUCAGCAAAUGUAAGGAUAGUCCGCGAGCUGAGAUCAAAAUUGGAUGCUGGGCAACCAGUUGCAAUGGACUCAGUGCCAGUGCUUGCUGUUGGUGCCCUGUUGAAAGAGUUUCUUCGCUCUCUACCUGAUCCUCUUCUCACCACUGCACUCUAUCCUAAAUGGAGGGCAGCUGUUGAAACACCUAACCUUCACCAGAGGCUCAUCAGGAUCAAAGGAAUAAUCGAAGAACUACCACCUAUCAACAGAUUGCUUCUUCGAUAUGUUGUAUGCUCUCUGGUAUUGAUAGCGAGGAGAUCUUCAACCAAUCUUAUGUCACCAGCAAAUCUUGGUGUUUGCGUGGGUCCAUCUCUGUUAUGGCCCCCAGCUGCUGGAGUGCCUGGAGACCUCCGAGCAGUGCCAGCACUGGUAGAAGCUCUUAUCAGCCAUGCAGAUGUACUCUGUGGACCCAAUGUUACAACAUUGCUUGGUGACCCUAGGGACAGUGGAACUGAGGAAUCUGACUCUUUACGAAGAGAUGACUCUUCAAUUGACAGUUUAGAAUGCUCACCACCUCCAAGGAAGGAUAAGAUCUCUCUCAGUCGUGACUCUGGGUUAACAAUGUCAGAUUCUCAACUCUAUACCCCAGAUGAAGAAGAAUCUGGAUCAACUUCUUCUAGUGGAUAUGAUCCAGCAUUUGAUCAGCAUGCAAAGGUAACAGCUACCAUGUCAGUACCAGGAGAAUAUGUACGAGUAUAUGGUGGAUGGGAAGAAAGACUGAAUCCAAAUUUCCAGAGACAGGCUUGGUUUAGGCAGAGAUCCAGGCGGUUAAAUACCCAGCAACAACAACCAGUCAUACAUUCAGCCAGCCAAGAAAACCUGCUGAGUAGGACAACAGGCACUGCUCUACAAGCACGCUCAGCAUCUCAGGAAUCUAUAUUGGACCAAGAACCACCUCCUGCACCUCCACGCAGGAAAGACCUCAAGUCAUUCGAUGAACUGUUUGACCAUCACCCACCCCUCCGUAAAGUAACUGCAGUCCAUUGCGAAGUCAUCUCCGAGCCACGUAGAGCCCAGUACAGACCUGCUUAUACCCCCAAACUACCCAUCUCUGCAAGCACAGUUGAUGUCACCAAACCACCUAGGCUGGAUGGAGAAGAUGAUUCGUCGACUCUGUCUGAUGACGACUGUACUCCCCAUGUUUCACGGUCCAACAGCCGAGGGAACGAAGUCAAACUGAGGCACCUUCCUCCAGUACAUGUGGAGAGCUCCUUCCUGAGGGGAAGGCUGCGUCGGAAAGAGGACCAACAUAGGGGUUCUGCUCACCGCUCGCGGUCGUUGCCCCCAGCCCCCGCCCCUCAAUAUGCCAACAAGAGGGCACCUAUCACCUCAUAUUACUUAGGCGACUGUGUCCAGCCACAUUACAUCGUUACCAGGGCUUACCGAGAUGAAGAAUCUUAUGUAUAG